AUGGACGGACGCAUAAAGUUAUGUGACUUUGGUUUGGCUAAAGAAGUCCCAAAUACUGAUUGGUAUCGUAUGUCUAAAACUAGACUAUCGGCAGAUGUGGGAACUAUUGACUAUAUGGCACCGGAAUCUAUCCCUAAUUGGGGCUCAAAUUUUUGGGUUCAAUACAAACGAUAUAAAGAAAGGAAUAAUCAAAGUUACCAGAACAUAUAAUCAGGAUUUAGUUAAAUUGAUAAAUAAAAUGAAUGAAUUAUUGGUGUCAAUGAGUGUUAAUAUUGAUUCACAAAACGGUUCAACAGAUUGGAGGCAAAGACCCGAAUGUUCGCAUAUUUUAUCACAAUUGCAGACAUUUAUGACAAAUAAACCCAUUAUUGGAGA